AUGCCAAGUGAUGAUGACGAAAUAAGUGCCGACGUGCCAGAACUCUACAAAGGUUAUCACGAAUUCAGAGUCUAUGUAGCCUCGGUUCGGAGCAGAUUGGCAAACGAAUGCAUGUACAUAUCCCACAAAUACGACCUGGUCGUCCAGGCCUUCAGCGACCACGAGCUGCAUGAGCAUCUCAACGCAUGUAUAAACAGCACACCAAUCGACCUCCAUGAAUACGAGAUUUCAGUUUUCAUGUGGCAGUGGACCACCGAAUACAUUAUAAAGCUCUUCAUCAACGCCGGGGUGGUCCCCGAAGGUAGCAGCUGGCCACACAACAUCUGGGGAACUCCGUACGCGAUCCUAGAGGAAGUUCACAUAGUGAUCAAGGAGCUGCUGCGGAAAAGCUGUGAUCAGAACUUCACUUUGUACCGUGAGCGCUAUGGGUACUAG